AAACCCCUCCCUCUCGUCCUCCUUCCGCGCGGAGGGACGGACGGUGGGAUGGGGAGAGAAGUUUGCCUGCGGCGCGCUCCGCUCAACAUUAAACUGUAUUUCAUUUUAGGGGGGAACAGCAACAAGAGGAGCCCUGCGGAGAAGCUUUCCAGGGAAUGCUGAGGGAAUAUCCGAGAGCUGAGUCACACCCGCCGCUCGCAGCUGACCCCCUUUAUUGGCUCCUUUGAUUAAAUAUAAAACGAGGGAAGUCAUUAAUGUCUCCGAACUAAAGGGAAGAACUAAAGGCUCGGGUCCAGUCGGAGGGUGCUUUUUAAUUUAAUUUGUGGAGGAAGAAGACGAGCAAAGCGGCGCAAGAAAAGAAGACGACCCUUCCGAGUGAGGAAAAAACAACAAAGAGUCCGACUCAGAAUGAAUAACAACAAAAUAGAGAAGGAAAACGAGCAGAGUGAAUUCACCAACCACGAAGAGGAGGUCCGAACACUAUUCGUCAGUGGGCUACCGCUGGAUAUCAAACCACGGGAGCUAUAUCUCCUCUUCAGACCAUUUAAGGGUUACGAAGGAUCCUUGAUAAAGCUCACUUCUAAGCAGCCAGUGGGGUUUGUCAGCUUUGACAGCCGAUCAGAGGCAGAGGCUGCUAAGAAUGCCUUGAACGGUGUCCGUUUUGAUCCAGAGAUUCCCCAAACUCUGCGGCUGGAGUUCGCCAAGGCCAACACCAAGAUGGCUAAAAACAAGCUGGUCGGCACGCCCAACCCCCCUCCCUCCCAGCAGAGCCCCGGCCCUCAGUUCAUUAGCAGAGAUCCAUAUGAGCUCACAGUGCCUGCUCUAUAUCCCAGCAGCCCAGAUGUGUGGGCGUCAUACCCGCUGUACCCGGCAGAGCUGUCGCCGGCCCUUCCACCCGCUUUCACCUAUCCCUCCUCGCUCCACGCUCAGAUUCGUUGGCUCCCUCCUGCAGAUGGGACUCCUCAGGGAUGGAAGUCCAGACAGUUCUGCUGAAGUAUGUGUUCCUGAUGUGUGAUGGUGGCCGUGGCCGGCUGUGACGGGCUUUGCUGUUUGCCUCUUUUCCUUUUAGAAAUUAGGAGGAAUGACCUGCUUCCAGAUCCUGCAGCAGCGCACCGUCGGCAGCAGCAGCCUUAUGGGCUUCAGGACAUACUAGACCCCAGCCUCCAUCGCACAUCAAGCACCCGUCCCGAACCUCUUCCCGAAGUCUUUGCAACUCUAUUAGAUUUUUUUAUACUGUUACAUACUCGAGCUUUUAGAGGCAGCGCUUUGGCUACACCUCCUCUGACUCGUGCGAUGGAAAUGGUCCGUGUUUUCCGAUGGCGUCGCGCACGGAAAGACCACAGGAGGAGAUCCAUGGAAGUGUGGCCAAAGUGCUUUUGAGUAAUGUUGUUAUAAUACUAGAAUUAUUACUAUUCUGUAUAUCAUUCAUAUCAAUGUUAUUAUAAUAAAUACAUGUCGAAGCAUGACUUUGCAAAAAAAAAUAAAAAAAUAAAAAACGACAAUGCUGUACAUUUUUAGAUAUUUUAAAGAAGUACAAAAAAGUAUUUUUGUAAUCAAGACAAUGUUGAAAUGUUUUGAUCGGUUCAUGUUGUGUAUGAGAAAUUGUCAUACCUUGAUUUUUGCCCUUUUUUGGUGUUUUGUGCCAUUUAUAAAAUUACAAGUUGUCCUUCCAUACCAAAGCAGUCAUAUCAGUUUGCCUCCUUGUCUUUUCUACACAACAAUCUGUAGAUUUUGGUUUGCUAAUUUUUCCUUUUUCUUUUUUUUUUUUUCAUUGAGCCAAGUUAAAUCAGAAGUCCCCCUUUUUUUUGCGCUGUAGGCUGUCAUAAUCAGAUGUGCCAGUGGAGGCAUCGACAGGAUUAAAGCCAUCGCCGGGGAAAGUAAAAAAGUGACCCCAGAGACGACGACGACUGGCAAACUCAACUCCACUAUUAUUAGAAAUCUGCUCCUUCAUUUUGUAGCAAGAGGACAAUAGAUAAGUACAGAGAAACAAAAAGACCAAAGGCUUUUUUUUCUUUUCUUACACUGGUGUGCUAUUUAGAAUUCAAUGUCUCACUGCUUUGUAGUCCUCGGUCUGAUAUUUCUUAUGAAGUAAGAUAUUAUUUUUGCUGCAUGUCCCUCUUGGUGUCACUCCAAAGAGUCCUUCAGCAUCUGAAAGAAUUUUCACUUUAAGCGAUUUGUCUCUUUUGUCUAUUUUUAGGAAGCCUGCGUGAUUCAACUAGCUUUUGUCGAGUUUGUAUUUGCAUAUUAAUGAUCGAGAUGAGGGGGGGGGGGGAUAAUUUCGAAUCUGGUGUCUUUCUGCAAUAACAUAUGCUGUGCAACAUAUCAUGAACUGAUCAUGUUUCUGUGACAUUUUUAAUGACAAAAUUAUGAUCCUCGUCCCAUUUGUACAAAUAUCAAGCGCUUGUACUCGAUUCUUGUACUUUUCUGAUACAGAUGUGGCGCUAAAGAAAAAAAAAAAACACUGAAAUGCUGUAAGAAGUAAACAAUACUCCCUGUAAUCUUUAAACCCAGAUAUUUAAGAUAAUCUAGGACGAGUUGAGUCAUGUACAUUUCUCAGUGUUUCUUCAUGUUGAAUAAUAAUAUGCAUCAUAUAACGGUGGACCAUAUCACCUGAGUACAUGAAGACCUUUUCUUUUUUUCUUGCUUUUACAAUUUUAAACCAAGUGUGGAGCCAAAUUUAUUAGAACAAGUAUUUAUAAAAAAAAGUGUGUUUUUCUUUUUCUUUUAAAAGAUCAUAGAAGAUGCCUAUUGUAUGAUUCACUGUAAGUAUUAUUGUAAGUUCAAUUGUAUAAUCAUUUGCUUCUUUUGGUUUGUAGCUGUCUGAUUGGAACAGUCUGUGUUUGAUAUGUGAAUACUCCUAUAAUUCACUGUGAAAGUCGGAGAACAAAUAGAUCUUUUCAUGUUUUUCCAGCCUUAUGGUACAUAAAUUUCCUGGAGGUUGAUGAGACGACCCCUCUGUUAAUGACAGAUAUUUCUUUGCUUGGUUCAGUGUGUGUAACUGUGUGUUGUGCAUGUUCACGGCAUGUUUGUUCUUUUUCUUAAUGCUUACAGUGCUGUUGAUAUUUAUGUACUUUAGCCACUGUGAGGAGGAAUUUGACCUCAGUGAGUUGCAGAAAUUUGUUGGUUUGAAACACACACACACAAAAAAAAGGUGAUCAAAUGGAGCCGUUUUUAUGAAUAUGUUAAAUGAAGACAUUUGGGUAAAUCUGCCAUUAAAGAUUGAGAUUAAAGCUGC